GUAGUUCCCAUUCUGACCAGAAUAGAUGUGCAUCACUAGUGUACGGGAGUUUCGAAGCGUUAUAGGAAAAAGGCCGCCGUGGCCGCUCUCAGGUUCCUCUCUGGUUAUGUUUUCGUGACCGAACAUACGUCGAUUUGGAGGUUACUUUCAUCGAAGGGUAAUAAAGAUACAAAUCAAGAUGAAUAUCGUCAGGCGACAGUGUUUCAAGAUUUUACAGAGUAAUGUUGAAAGUCAGAGGCUGUUGUAUACUCUCGACAGAACUUUCAGCUUCAAAAGUGCCUUAUCUUUGGAAAACUUGUAUCCGGGAAGCAAUCUGAAGCUACACACUCCUACUUUCAAACCAGAUCCUAAAGCAAAAUUCAGUGGUUAUAUUCCCAUAGACAAAAUACAAAUAACGUACAGCGGUAGCAGCGGACCGGGAGGGCAAAAUGUGAAUUGUGUAAAUACCAAGGUAGACUUGAGAUUCCAGGUGGACAGUGCUACUUGGCUGUCUGAAGAGAUUCGAAAAAAGUUAGCUGAACAGCAAAGGAAUAAAAUAAACAAAGAAGGUUACUUAAUAAUCAAGUCCGAUUUGACAAGAUCUCAGCACUUAAAUUUGGCAGACGCUCUUGAAAAGUUAAGGGAAAUGAUAAGAGCCACAUUGGUAAAGUCACUUGAAUCGUCACCUGAAUCAGAGGAAAAGAAAAGGAAGAACAUGUUAAGAGCUGCUAGGGAGAGACUACAUGAGAAGAGAUCUCGUUCUGAAAUCAAACAAAGCAGACGAGUUCCAUUGGUUGAGUUUUAAGCAAUUAAUUUAGUUAAUUAUUUAAGUUACUUAUUCAAGUACUGUAUAAGUUAUAACUAUAAGUAGGAAUGAAUAAAGAUGAAAUAAAGAAAAAGAA